AUGAGCUCGUCGACAUCCUCUUUGCCCUCAGCGUCCUCGGCGCGCCCAAACCCCGUCGUAGCCGAUCACCAGACCCUGAUCGACCGACUCAAGGCGAUCCUGUCACGACCAUCACCCGCAAAGCUCUCUUCGGCGGAUCUACAACUCGUCUUCACCUCUUUGGCGUCCCCAGCGUCCUCCUCUUUGUCGUCCUCAGCUCGAUCGCUCUCUCUCGCCAUCCUCGCACGGGCCUACCCAUCUACACCGACUUCACAACCCUCGAAGGAAGAGCUCAAGACCUUGACGGAGACUCUCACCUCACUGCUCUCAGGGACCGAUUCCAAUGACCUCGUGGCUGGCCUUUCGGCUCUCUCGGCCUUGGUGCAAGUUUCUCCGACUUGGACAACGGUCUCGCUGCUCUCCUCUUCCGAGUCAACGACUUUGGUCCAGCACCUCAUCUCUGCCGUCGAACACAUCUCAAUCAAUACCUCUUCGACGGGCAACUCGAAAGGAAAAGAACCACAAUCGAGAGAACAAGCCGCUCUAAUCGAAUUGUUGUCAAUCGCGUCGGGCCAGUCCAAAUUGAGGAAAUUGAUUCGCGAUUCGUCAAACGACUGGCUGGAUUCCUUGUUGGGCUCGCCGAAGAAGAAGAAUGGAUCGAGCGAGAAACUGAUCAAAGCCAUGGCAGCUUUGACGGUCGUCAAGUUGAGAUUGGGCAGCGAACCAAAGGAGCAAGGAGGGGCUACGACGACGUCUUCAGCCAUCAAGGAGGAGCAAGAGGUGCCCAAAUGGAGUCUUGAGGACCUUUGUGGGGUGUUUAGCGAGUUGUUCGUCGAGGAAACCAAGCCCGAAGGGACGAUAUCGUUACCGUUGGAUCCGACAAAGGAAGCAGUCCUGCUGGCGUCGCUCGAAGGGCUGGCCUACCUCACGCUCGUACCGACCGUUGCUUUGAAGGACCAACUCGUCUCGAACAACGGGGAGUUCCUCCGCCCCUUUCUCGCUCUGCUCCCGAAGCUGUACUCUAAACCAACGGGCACGAGCUCUACUCCCGCUCUUGACUUUUCAAUCGCGACCUUGCUGUCCCACCUCGUCAAAUUCCCGGAACCGCUGGACUCGACUUCGGAUCAAGCCCAAUUGAACCGCCUCAAGAAUUUCGCGUCGGCUCAGGCGAAGUCACCUUUGCAGGCCAGCCAAACGGAGACGAAGGAACAAGUCACCUCGAGGAUGGACCGUAUCAUCUCUGCGUCGCCUAUACCAACUCUUCGACAUUUCUGCUUGUCUUCGUCGCUUCAGACUCGUCGAUUGGCGGGGACGAUCCUGCAUGCGCUGGUGACGCCUCAAGCGAAGCGAGGUCUACUGCUGCAAGCCGGUGUCGCCCGAUUACUACUCUUUCUCAUUCGACGACAACCUACGCCCAUCUCGAUCGAGGAAGGGGACAUCGAGCCCAUCCAAGCCUUGACCAAGUUGUUGAUCUCGACGAACCCAUCGCUCGUCUUCCCUGAUCCUUCGCUCCUCCUCGAAGCACUCAACAUCAUUUCCAUACCCCUGAAACCCACCCCCUCCACGGCGACCCUCCCUUUGUUGACGAUCUUUGAAUCCCUCAUGGCUCUGACGAACCUGACCUCCCUUGCCGCGGAAUUGGCGAACCAUCUCGCUUCGGCUGAACAAGGGAUCUUAAAAUCCCUCCACGAGGAAGGCUUGAUCUCCUCCCACCCCAUGAUCCAAAGAGCUUCCACCGAGUUGGUAUGCAACUUAGUCAACUCCCCGAACGGGGUGGAAUUUUACUCCGUCGGCACUUCUUCGACUUUAGCGGCCCAAACGAUGCUCACUCAACGCCUUUCGAUCCUUUUGGCGUUAUGUUCUUCCGAAGACGGGGCGACUCGACUAGCGGCUAGUGGCGCAUUGGCAAUUUUAUGCUCGCAUUCGGAAGAAAUUGCGUUCGUGUUGUGUUUGGAACAAGGGAUGAACGGGUUGGAAAGGAUGGGGGAGUUGGUGCAGGAGGAGGACGAGGGUUUGAGGCAUAGGGGUUUGGACGUGUUGAGUUCCAUACUGGGGGCUGUGGAGAGGUGUCAGGUGGCGGAAAAGAGGAAGGAAGGUGUGGAGAGGUUGAAGAAGGGUGGUAUUUUGAGGGGCAUCAAAGAGUGUGAAAUAUCGGAGAAGGUAGGGAUGUUGAAAGAGUUGGCGGGGGCGGAUAGGAAGGUCUUGGAAAGGUUGCUAGGGAUUUGA